CGCCUAAGUGUUGACAGCUGUUUAAUCAGUGUGUAUUUGUCUCCGCAGGUUGUGGCUCACCAUGACAGAGUACAGCUGGAGGGUUGGGGCCGCUGCUCUGUUGCUGUUACUGAUCGUCCAGCCACUACGGUGCAUGAAGCCGGGCGCUCCGAACCUCAACUACAGGGAGAAGGAGAAGGCCAUCUUAGACGAACUCUUCCAGCAGGAUCGUUACGACAAGCGAAUCAGACCCUCAGGUGUCAACGGAACAGUGGACGAGCCUACAAUAGUGACCAUCAAUAUGAUGUUCAGAAGUAUACAAACUAUUGAUGAUGUUAAGAUGGAGUAUAGUGUGCAGCUCAUCUUCAGAGAGGAAUGGGUGGACGAGCGCCUUCUUUUCGGCGACCUGGGAGGAGGAAGGAUAAAAUACCUCACCUUGACGGAGACGAACAAGGUGUGGAUGCCUGACCUUUUCUUCAAGAACGAGAAGAUGGGUCACUUCCACGACAUCAUCCUUCCUAACGUAUACCUCAGGAUCUAUCCCAACGGCGGAGUCCUGUACAGCAUCAGAAUAUCUUUGACCCUUUCCUGCCCAAUGAACCUUCAGCUCUAUCCCUUGGAUCGACAAACUUGCGUACUACUUUUAGCUAGCUACGGGUGGACGACGGAGGACCUGGUUUUCCUCUGGCGCGAGGGUGACCCGGUACAGGUCACGAAGAACCUGCACCUCCCGCGCUUCACCCUCGAGAAAUUCUUCACCGACUACUGCAACAGCAAGACCAACACGGGCGAGUACUCCUGCCUCAAGGUGGACCUGCUGUUCAAGCGUGAGUUCUCGUACUACCUGCUCACCAUCUACAUCCCGUGCUGCAUGCUGGUGAUCGUGUCGUGGGUGUCCUUUUGGCUCGACCAGAACGCCGUUCCCGCGCGGGUAUCCCUCGGGGUCACCACGCUGCUCACCAUGGCAACGCAGACAUCGGGCAUCAACCAGUCGCUGCCGCCCGUGUCCUACACUAAGUGUGAGGGGCUGUGUUUGACGUUCGUGUUCGGCGCGCUGGAAGUCGCCCUCGUUACUAGCCGAGUUUCCGACAUGCACCGCGAGCAGAUGAAGAAGCAGCGGCGCCAGUGGGAGUUCGAGCACCAGGCUGCCCUCGAGGCCGAGCAUCUCGAGUCCGACGGCGCCACGACCUUCGCCAUGAAGCCACUGAUGAGGACACACGGCGACGGUCUCUCCCUGGACAAGGCGCGGCAGUGUGAGAUCCACAUGCAGCCUCCUCCCCCGCGGCGCUGCUGUGGCUCGUGGCUCUCCAAGUUCCCCAGCAGGAGCAAGAGGAUCGACGUCAUCUCCAGAAUCACAUUCCCGCUCGUCUUCGCCCUCUUCAACGUCGUCUACUGGAGCACUUAUCUGUUCCGCGAGGAUGAGGACUGAGACGCUGACGGGGAGACGGGGAGGCGCGCGCCCUUUGUGUUAUGGAUCUUAGGGUAUUUAACGUUAUUUUAAGAGAUCAGGUAAAAGGUGUGUGUGUAUGUGUCGUCGAAGUGGCGGAGAGUUCAGUAAGCGUAAUAUGAUGUGGCGGAGAGUUCGGUAAGCGUUGUCCGACGGGAAGCCCUCCACUCACGGGACGCGGCGGACGCUUGCCUUCGGAGGAUCUGACGGUGUUUUUGUACCUGUGAUUGGCACCUUCCCAGUGAUUAUUCUAAUUCUGUGUUCAUCAAUUAUUGUAAGACACGAGAAAGGUAAUUGCGAAAGGAUCAUGUUUCAUUCUUACAUUCAUUGACACUGAAAAUCAGAAGAAAAAGAUGCAUGAUUUUGUUAUAUUGCCAAAAAUAUGUAGAAAUCUUCAUGCUUCAUAUAGACAUAUAACUGUUAUUAUAUGUAACUUACUGAACGUAAGAAACUAUCACUGAUUGUGAAGAACAUGUUAUCAUAUCAUAAGAAAUGGUUAUUAUCCUAAGCUGUAAUUACACGUAAAAAAAUGUAACCUUGAUCAGGGUGAGGCCAAAGCACUGGAGGCGAACGGUGGCCUGAGGAACCAGUCAGGUGGAGCAGAACAAUCAAGAGAUGUGAUGUAUGGUGUCUAGCUGUGGCAGGUUGUAUAGUGAGUCGCGUCUGUAGGAAAUGUGUACAACGGAAUUAUGGCUGCUGUCGCUCCCUUUUCGGGGGCGUGCGCAGCGGCGAGCCAUGCCCUACGGCGUAUUCCUAGCGCAUCAGCCAGGGCAUAUCUGCAUGUAACUUCCAAGGGAACAAUCGCACGAUUUUGCUAAACAAUUGACCAGAUGUGCCUGGUUCAUCAUCAGCUGAUUCAGACCUCUCGUAGGCUCCUAAAAGUCCAUAGGUAUGUCAGUCUUCAGUCGAAAGGAAAGCUUUCAUCAGCUGAAAUCUUUGCAAAUGUAACCUCUUCCGGUAAUGGGUAUAUAUAUUUCCUGGUCAUGUAUUAUAAAACGUACAGGUUACCAUAUACUUAUCUUGUGUGCAUAAUAUUAUAAAGCUUUUGCUCAUGGUACUGUAUAUUCAGAAAUUUUUCAACACAAAUGCAUUUUUCUCUCAACUUUCAUUGCAAUGACAGGAAAUAAGUAGAGUCCAUAUUUAUAUUGCAUAAUAUAUAAUGAAACUAAGGAUUCCGUGAGAGCCGAGGAAGAUGGCAGCACCAGAAAGGGAGGCGACGUUCCUUCGUUCCUUCAGUCCAGUGAAUUUGCAACGGUUGCCAAGCAUGCUCUGUGGCGGUCACCAAGCCCAGCGAGGAACACUUGUCGCGUCUCGUCAAUGUUGCACUUGC